AUGCAUCAAGGAAACAUCAUCAUCGUGGACAUCUCUCCUAAACAAAGUCAAAGCCAUCAGAUCGUUGAUGAACAGAAAGUGGUUCCAAAACAGUGGGAAGGGCACCACCCCAAGCCAGGACACCAUACUGCAACACCGACUGCACGUAGGCAAAGUACACGGUCCGUAACUGCUGCUUCAAAAGCACCUCCCGAAGCUGCAGUCAUGUCACACAAUCGAGGGAUGCGCCGAGGCAGUGGCAGAAGACCAUAUGAGCUUAUUUGUCCUAGCAGAAUCUUUAAAGUAGUAGGCGGGAACUCCUUUAUCGCCAACAGCGACAUCAAUCCUUGGGAGGGAGGAAUGGUCCCAGGUGGUUCAACAAGCAGCAUGCAUAAUAUGGCCAACGUAGGUGGAGGAGAUUCCUCUUGCAAUGAGUCCUCUCGCAACUACGAGGACCGUCGGCGACGCAGAACAGUGCCUUAUAAUAAGCCAGUUGUUGACCGACGUAUGGAUAGUGACCGUACCAAUCUACAAACCGGUUACGAACGCAAGACUUCUUAUUCAAAAUCUUCCGAAGAUCAGAAAGAAGAGAAUAAGGAAGAACAAGAAGAGGCUGAGAAACCCAAUGGAGAUGUCAAAAUAGAACCCACUGAUGUUUCUGAAGGAGUCAUGUCACACAAUCGAGGGAUGCGCCGAGGCAGUGGCAGAAGACCAUAUGAGCUUAUUUGUCCUAGCAGAAUCUUUAAAGUAGUAGGCGGGAACUCCUUUAUCGCCAACAGCGACAUCAAUCCUUGGGAGGGAGGAAUGGUCCCAGGUGGUUCAACAAGCAGCAUGCAUAAUAUGGCCAACGUAGGUGGAGGAGAUUCCUCUUGCAAUGAGUCCUCUCGCAACUACGAGGACCGUCGGCGACGCAGAACAGUGCCGUAUAAUAAGCCAGUUGUUGACCGACGUAUGGAUAGUGACCGUACCAAUCUACAAACCGGUUACGAACGCAAGACUUCUUAUUCAAAAUCUUCCGAAGAUCAGAAAGAAGAGAAUAAGGAAGAACAAGAAGAGGCUGAGAAACCCAAUGGAGAUGUCAAAAUAGAACCCACUGAUGUUUCUGAAGGAGUCAUGUCACACAAUCGAGGGAUGCGCCGAGGCAGUGGCAGAAGACCAUAUGAGCUUAUUUGUCCUAGCAGAAUCUUUAAAGUAGUAGGCGGGAACUCCUUUAUCGCCAACAGCGACAUCAAUCCUUGGGAGGGAGGAAUGGUCCCAGGUGGUUCAACAAGCAGCAUGCAUAAUAUGGCCAACGUAGGUGGAGGAGAUUCCUCUUGCAAUGAGUCCUCUCGCAACUACGAGGACCGUCGGCGACGCAGAACAGUGCCGUAUAAUAAGCCAGUUGUUGACCGACGUAUGGAUAGUGACCGUACCAAUCUACAAACCGGUUACGAACGCAAGACUUCUUAUUCAAAAUCUUCCGAAGAUCAGAAAGAAGAGAAUAAGGAAGAACAAGAAGAGGCUGAGAAACCCAAUGGAGAUGUCAAAAUAGAACCCACUGAUGUUUCUGAAGGGGAAGAGAUGAAGGAAGAAGAAACCAAAUCUUGCCACCCCAACGAGGCAGAAACAGAGACCGAACUGACCUCGAUUCCCGCAGUUCUGCUCAACUGCCACGUGUGCUGUAAAAACAUGUGGGAUGGAAUUUCCUUCAUUAACCAUUUGAAUGGAAAACUUCACCAGCUGAUGAUGGAUGGUCUGAUUGAGAAGUACAAGCUCAAAGUGAACCUGCUUCGUUAUGAGAUCAGAAUGGCGGAACAACAGCGUGAGAUAGAAUUGGAACUCAAGCAGCGUCACGGGCUCAUUCCUUCCACCAAGCAUCGCGAAUACUGCACCAUUUGCGACCUCCACGUCUGUGGAAGCUUGGUUUCUCACCAAAAGAACGUGCUCCACCAGAAUUUGAAGGAAUUUUUGUGCCCCAAAUGUUCCUACUGCAACAUGGAGUUUAACACACGUUUGGAGUGGGACAAGCAUCUUCUUCAGUACUCUCAUCUCGAGAAAGUAGCUGAGUUCCGUCGAGCCACAAAACCUAACUUGAAGGAUGAUGAUUUUGAGAAAGACGGCGAGGAAGGAGAGGAGAAGAAAGGCGUGAACGAAAUGGCUCAGGGCAUUGACAUAGAGCCGAGUAAACUCCCCAUGUACAGCCCCUCAGUUCCUGUUGGAAAAGACUUGUUGAUACAAGUGAACAUGUACAAGUGCCGAGUAUGCAAUUGCUACAUUCAGAGUGAAGAAGAGUCUAAACUCCACUGUCGCACAUUGUCUCAUUACACCAACUACUGCAAAGCCGUGCGAGCAAAGGCUACCUUCAGAAGAAGUUCCAUCGGUACUGGCGGACCUGGCUUUCCCGAAGGACUUGGCAGCAGCGGAAUGAUGUUUGGCAGAGGAGAAGAGCAAGACGAGGACCGAGUAGAAGAUCUGUCAAUGGGUCGGAAACCUGAACCGCCUUCUAGAGUCAUCAUGCCCCCUAUGAGCCAAGCCACUGCCACCGCGAUGCUCACAACUGGCUCCGACUCUCACUCGAACGCUAGAGACUAA